AGCGGAGUGCAUUCAAUUUCGUUUUGUGGUGUAUAACCCAAUGUCUAAAUGUCUCCGCUCAAGGCUAAGGCUAAAAGAAUGGUGCCGGUGAAAGCAGCAGCUGCAUCUAACUGAUUUUCUCGUUCUUCAGUUUCUCGUCUUAUCGAGGCCAGCGGGCCGGUGAUGUUCCUCAUAUUUCUAGCUGACACGGGGAGUUGAGUGCAUCCCUAAAGAGCGUCUGAGAUGACUUGUUUAGAAAUUGUCUCAUACUUCAGCGCUCCACUCCAGUCGACCGGCCCAUAAAUCCAUCUGCCGGUACCUCCGUAAAUAUUUGUAGGGAAAGUUUGUGCUUCCAGAGCAAUUUGGAGGAUCCCCGUGUGUCUUCAUGUAUGAAAUGAUUUGAUCUCUUCUGGGGAAGCGAACACAAUGGACGACAGCUUCCAGCGGUGCGCUCUGAUACCGUUUACACUGAAUACGAGUAGACGAUGUCCAGGUUCAACAUGUGUGGAGUUGGCACCGAUCGCUCACCCGUGGCAGCUGAUGUGUUGGCGAGACUGGACAGGUGUUGUGAAGCCUCAUCCUGAACUGGCUGUCUCCCUGCCAUCAGAUCAAAUCUGUCACCCUGUCUUCCUCCACAGAUACUGGCUGUGCUUCACCAACUCCUGCAGUCAACAGCACAACUGCCUUUAUUAAUUACUUUAUUAAUUAAUAACUGCCCAAUUAACUGUUGUUUUCAUAGUUUGGCCUGAGGAGCCCUGCGGAGAUUGUUGGUCUGGUCUGUUGUCUCCCUCCCCUUUCUCCAUCCCAUAAUGCACUGCAGGCCGUGUCCGGUGCGGAGCAGUGGUGUGUCUGAAGAACUCUCUGUGUUUGGAGUGUUUUUGUGCAUGUGUUAGGUGAGAUGAUUGCAGGGGAGCAGAAGUGGUUGGUGUCUGUCUCUGUUACAGAGGGAUGAUGGCAAAGAGUAGCUGAGUUGCAGAGGUUCAUUCAUCUCGUUCUCAUGUGGACAGCGGGGUGAUGGAUGACGGGAAUGUGCUGUUGCUGGGGUAUUCCGCUUCUUCUCUCUUAAAGACACACCUCACUUCACCUGUAUGCUGUAUUGAGUGUGAUCAGUAAACAUUUCUGGCCUUCUGAAACAAAUCUUUGAGCGAGUCAGAUCUUGCCCUUCCGUUCUGUUCUGUUGUGUCAUUGGCAUGGGGGAAGAAAACCUGUUCAACAUACAAAAACACUAAAGAGCAUUCGGAGGUUAUAAUUUGACUCGCACAACGCCGGAUCGGAUUAUGUUUCUGUUGACAUGCGUAAUUACGCACAAAUGUAAAUGCAUUACGCACAAGCGGGGCGUGGUCGCCUCCAGUUGCGGUGGUCCAGGGGGUUGAUGCUGAUGGAUCCUUGUUUGACAGAACAAGGUUAUCUGCCAGGGGAGAGUCCGUCCAUUUUCUUCAGCCGCUCCUCACAAACAGGAGAAGCUGUCGGAGCGCAGGGCGCAGCAGCUCCCCGCCCGCGCCGCAAGAGCGCGUCCGCCUCACUCCGCGUCUCCACAUUGACGAACACGGCAGAGGCGCAGGAGGCGCUCCGAUAAUCCAGGACGAAUCCAGGUUGCCGCGCCCAAAACACGAGAUGCGACCGACUCUCUCUGCUGAACUGGAUGCGAUGCGCUUCGUAAACAGAACCGCAACGAAUAGUGAAACGAGCGCGUGUGGAGGGAAUAGCGCCUUACUUUGCUAACAGAAGAUUUUUGUUGCAUUUGCAGCCUGACACCGGAGCUGAUUGAACGGGUCAUUUAAAUGGGAUUUGGCGCAAGUAACUGUGCAUUAAUAAUCAUUCAAGUGUGAACUUUUUCCUCCGACAACGCGCGUCUGGGAAAAUGUGUUUUCUUUGCAAUGCAUAAAACCGAAGUGACUUCUUUAAGCCCCCUGGCACAUUGACUCAUUGAAGAUGCAGGUGCUGCUUUUAAUAACGAUAUUUUUCAUAGCUGGAUGUCCAUAUGUCAUACUGCAUGAAAGAAAUGACAGUACACACACCAAAGAAACCAGGGACAUUACUCUUAGGAGUUCUUAUGCGAGUGCCAAGCAUCCUGAAAAGCAUCAAGCCACAGGUACACCUGCCUUUGACAUCAAACCGACUUUAGAAAACAACAGUAAGUUUGCUUCGCAUCUCCGACUGGUUUUAGACAGCAGGAGUAAGCGGUAUGGAUACAGUCAUCUGGUGUCAAACAGGACGCGCACGGUCCAGCAGGGUGGCACAAACCCACGCAAGCGCUUGCGGCAACAAAAGGAGUUGGAUGGUGAAAUGCCUGCUGCCAUGGGAACGGCAGGUGGACACAAUAACUCAAAGCCGUAUUCGUUGAGAGGAGAACACAAGAGAAACCACAGGCGCAAGAGGGGCACAAAAGAACACCACAAGAAAGCGUUUAAGAGUGUGAAAAGGGGCCCGAAGAAAAGCGCCGUCCCUCUGACACCACCCCAAACUUAUUAUAAUGCCUUGGCAUCUUCUUUAACCCUUUGGGAACCGAUGCCCAAACCUCUAGCUCUCACCGCCACCGACUUUCCAUUCGAUCUCACCCGGUACACUGAAUUCCACACCAAACAGGUAGACGACCCGUGGGACGCCACGCCGAUGACCCCUCCGUAUGCAGAGGACGAGGAAAGUGAAUUGUUCCCCAACCCUUUCUACCCCGUUACCAGCGAGACGUAUGGAGCGUAUGCGAUCACAAUCGUCUCGGCUCUUAUUUUUGCAGUGGGAGUAACCGGGAACAUAGCAAUAAUGUGUGUGGUGUGCCAUAAUUAUUACAUGAGGAGCAUCUCCAAUGCUCUUCUAGCCAACCUGGCCAUCUGGGACUUUGUGCUGAUUUUGUCUUGCCUCCCUCUCGUGGUGUUUCACGAACUGACUAAGACCUGGCUGCUGGGCCAGUUCACCUGUAAAGUCGUACCGUAUAUUGAGGUGGCGUCCUUGGGUGUAACCACCUUCACCCUCUGCGCGCUCUGCAUCGAUCGAUUCCGCGCCGCCACCAACGUCCAGAUGUACUACGAGAUGAUCGAGAACUGCACCUCCACCACCGCCAAGCUAGGCGUCAUCUGGAUCGGUGCCUUACUCCUGGCCCUGCCCGAGCUGCUGAUCCGCCAACUGGUAUCCGAAAACGGCGACGGCACGGCGGGCGAUCCCGCUUCGGAACGCUGCCUGAUCCGCAUCUCCACGACCCUCCCCGACACUCUGUACGUGCUGGGCCUGACGUACGAGGGCGCCCGUCUGUGGUGGUGCUUCGGCUGCUAUUUCUGCCUGCCCACGCUCUUCACCAUCGGCAGCUCGGUGGCCACCGCCCGCAGGAUCCGACGUGCCGAGCGUGGCUGCGCCAGAGGCAACAAGAAGCAGAUCCGACUGGAAAGCCAAAUGAACUGCACCGUGGUGGCGCUCGCCAUCGUGUACGGAGCGUGCGUGGUCCCGGAGAACGUCUGCAACAUGGUGUCCGCGUACAUGGCGGCCGGGGUGCCGCAGAGCACCAUGGCGGUGUUGCAUUUGCUCAGCCAGCUGCUGCUGUUCCUGCGGGCGGCCGUCACGCCCGUCUUGCUGCUCUGCUUGUGCCGACCCUUCGGCCGCGCCUUCCUGGAGUGCUGCUGCUGCUGUUGCGCGGACGCCUGCGGGAUAGCGGCGCACUCUUCGGCCACGGCCAGCGACGACAACGAACACGAGUGCACCACGGAACUGGAGCUGUCACCGUUCAGCACCAUACGCCGAGAGAUGUCCAACUACACGGCGACCGGAUCUCACUGCUGAGCCACAUCGUGUACUGUGCAAGCACUGCUUUGGUCUUGUGUAAAUACCACAACCGAUAUGUCGCUCUUAAAGAAAGUAAUGUAGACUGAAAAUCAUGUAAUUACAUUUUUAAUCGCCUUUAAAAUAUAUAUACACACUGAUGUAGUGACGGCGUUCGAGUUGACGUUUGUUUUGCACUUUAGCUUUCUCUCGACUCUUGUGACUUCACGAAGGCCUUCACACGAGAUGUGCCGAUGGGGUUGUGAAGGCUGUUUAAAAACCAAGAGAUGUCUGUCUGAUGCACAUGUGCAUAGAGCUAAACAACGCAAGAUCACGUUCUGUAUGAACGGCCCCUUUCUGUCGCACGGUGUCUUUCUGCAUUUAUGGACCGUAACAUUUCUCUAAUGUUUCUGUGUUGCUUGCCGUGACUUUCUCUCGAUGAAGUUUGAUUCUCGUGAAUCGUUCUUGAAGUCUGUAGAGUCUGUGUCUUAAACCUGCCCACACGAUGCUUAACACUUUCUGACCGUUUUUAUAUAACCACAACAAAAUGUCUCUUUAAUAAACAGAACGUGUUUGCUAGAGAAUGGCAAACUGAUAUAUUAAAACGCAAAUGUGCUUUUUAUUUAAACAACACAGAUCGUGUUUGGCCUGACUCAGGUCUCCAAGAAAGAUUUCCAAUGUUUCUUUUCAGCAGUCUUUGCAUUAUUCAAAAGCCGCGAUACCGCUUGGUUCCUGAUGUGUCUGAGAAACUGUUUAUCCGCAUAAAGGCUUUAGCUGUCAGGUUGCUCAUUGAACAGGUCCAGAUGAGAUCGACUGGAGGCUUAUGGAGGCGCUCUUUUCUAUUUCAAACACAUCUGCUGCAUUUGAGGUGUCAGACACCGUCUGCUAUUUUUGGGACGCUUUGUGGGAAGAUGCUGUAGGACUUUGUGUGACAGAUAGGAACAUUUCAGCGAUCUCUAUGUGAACACGUUUUGCGGGGAUUUUCAUGCAUUCGAUUUGUUGCAGACGAACACAAAUAUUGUCACAUACUGCUUUUCCAUCUCAAUCAAGACUGCAGAAAGAAGAUUUCCGAAGGCUUUGAAUGUGCCCAGGUCGUGGUUGGUACCAAAAUCAGUCUAAAAAUGAGCUAUUCUUCACAGAAUGAAGUCUGUUUUUAGAAGCUAAACAUUUUACAUUGUGGCAUCAUUUUAAUGGCAAGACCAAAACCCAAGAUUACGUUCAUUUUUUUCUUAAAAUCUUAUUAGACUUCCAUUACUGAAAUACAGUUUUGCUGUCUUAAAGUAAACACCACUUAUACUAAAAUACUAAACGUAAAAAAACGCUGCCUAACCAAAAUCUUACCGAAAUGAAUUGGGCACCAAAAUUGUACUGAAAUGUAUAACAAUAUCCUACAAAUAAACUUCAUUUCUACAAUUGCAAGGAGCAGUUUAUUUAAAAUCUGGACAGGUAUGUCUUGAGAUUUGCUUUGUCCUGUAUCAGACUCAUUUUCUUUAGAUGAAUUGGUGCUUUAUUGUCACGCCUCAUCCGUUUUCGUGAUGGAUGUGCAGCAUUUCAGUAGUAAUUGUUCAGGAACAGGGUGUCCAUCAUUACCGAGACUUGCUCGGUCGUUGGCUAUUGUACAAACCCAUUAACUGUGAACCCUAUGGUCUUUCUUUUCAGAUUCCUCCUGUAAU